AUGGAGCGCGGGGCCGUGCGAGCCAUGGCGGCCCGGCUGGGCCUGGCCGAGCCCGCCCUGCUCAGAAAAGCUGAGGAGUAUCUGCGGCUGUCGCAGGUGAAGUGCACGGGGUUAAUGGCUCAAAUGACGGCGACGAGCAGUGCUGUGAUGUGCCUGGACCUGGCGGCGGCUUUCAUGAAACAACCGGUUGACAAAAGCUAUUGUGUCAAACUCUCUGGUUUGAACAAGACCACCUACCAGAGCUCCAUGAAGUCUUUGGAGUGUUUGCUUGGGGUGAACCAAAGGCUGGGAAUGCGAGACUUGGCUGUGCAGUUCUGCUGCUCAGAGGCAGUGACCAUGGCUUCAGAGAUCCUGCAGAGGUACGAGUGCAGCCUCUCGGAAGCACAGCGAGCAGACCUGGAUUUCUCCAAGCCCCUGUUUGUAACAGCUGCUCUGUGCACUGCAUGCAGGUGUUUGAAGCUAAAAGUGGACAAAACUAAAAUGGUGGCUACAUCUGGAGUGAAAAAAGCAAUAUUUGACCGGCUGUGCAGUCAGCUGGAGAAGAUAAGCCAGCAGCUCAGCAAGGCUGCUCCAGUGGCUGCAGAGACACCUGAGAGCUUGCAGAGCACCCUGCAGCAGUGUGAGCAGGAGGAUGGCUCUGAAGAGGAUGAGGAACUGCCAUGUAAACAGCCAAAGACUGAAACAAAUCAGGACUAUGAGGAAUGGAAAAAGAAAAUCCUGGAAAAUGCUGCUAAGGCACAAGAGACAAGGAGUAGUGACUCUGUAAUGCCACCCAGUAAUGUAACUGCUGCUUGCUCUUGAUUUUAACUCUCCCUCUGCUCUAACAAGAGAUCCAGUAGCAUGUGAAUGAUGGCUGCCUGGCAGACAGCUGAUUUUAUUUAGGUUUUAAGUAUUUAAGAAUGUUAUUUUUAAUAAAUGACACCAUGGAGUGGUGGGAUUUUA